AUUUCACCAGCCGGCGCCGCUGGCUUCGGGCAUGGGGUCCCGCGGCCUAGCGCGGCUGCACGGGCUCUUCGCGGUCUACAAGCCCCCGGGGCUAAAAUGGAAGCACGUGCGGGACACCGUGGAGCUGCAGCUUCUGAAGGGUGUCAAUGCUGGGAAGGCUCCUGCCCCUGAACAGCGUGUUCGUUUUCUGCUGGGCCCCGUGGGAGACGGCAAAGAGAAGGAGCUUACUCUCACUGCCACCAGUGUGCCCACCUUCACCAACCAUCCGCUGGUCUGCGGACCAGCAUUCACCAGUUUGAAGGUUGGCAUGGGACACCGGCUGGAUGCUCAAGCAUCUGGGGUGCUUGUGCUCGGCGUGGGACAUGGAUGCAGGCUCCUCACCAGCAUGUACAAUGCUCACCUCACCAAGGAUUAUACAGUACGUGGUCUCCUGGGCAAAGCAACAGAUGACUUCUGUGAGGAUGGGCGGCUGGUGGAGAAGUCAACAUAUGACCAUGUGACCAGAGAGAAGCUGGACCGCAUCCUGGCCCUGAUCCAAGGUUCCCAUCAGAAGGCCCUGGUGAUGUACUCCAACCUGGACUUGCAGACCCAGGAGGCCUAUGAUAUGGCUGUGAGAGGCUUGAUUCGUCCCAUGGGCAAGUCCCCGAUGCUGGUAACGGGCAUCCGAUGCAUCUUCUUUGCGCCUCCGGAAUUCCUCAUUGAGGUACAGUGCAUGCAUGAGACACAGAAGCAGCUGAGAAGGCUGGUGCAUGAGAUCGGCCUGGAGCUGAAGACCACCGCUGUCUGUUCCCAAGUGCGGCGUACGCGGGAUGGCUUUUUCACCCUAGACGAUGCCCUUCUGAGGACCCAGUGGGAUUUACACAGCAUCCAGGAUGCCAUCCAGGCCGCAGCUCCCCGGGUGGCAGCAGAGCUGGAGAAGAACUUGAGGCCGGUGGGCACCCAGCAGCUUCCCGGUCCAGGCCAGCCCUGGGACUCCAGGGGGCCAAGCUCUGCCUCGGGGCUGGAGAGCUGUGCAGGGCAUUGAAAGGCCAGGGGCCGGCGGGA